AAGAUUAUAAAUAAAAAGAGAUGUCCUUUGCUGAUUUAUAUGACACAAAACCUAUGCUAUCUUAUAAAAAUUACACUGAGGAUUCAUUAGAAUAUCGUGAAUAUUAUAUUUUAGUACAACAGAUAUCCCAUAAUAUUCUUACUAUUAAUUCUAAUGUUUCCACUAUAAAUAAAUUAUCUGAUAUUUUUGGAACAAAAAAAGACACUGAUGAUAUUCGAAACCAGCUGCAUAAACUGAUUGAAGAAACCCAUGAACUUGUCAAAACAACGAUGACAUGCGUCAAAAAAUUAUGCGAAUAUGAGUUUCCUUCAGAUUCUCAUAAUAAGUUUACUCAACAAAAACUUUCAAAUGAUUUUUCUAAUGUUCUUAUAAAUUUCAAAAAAGCGCAGAAUAUCUCAAUAGAACGUCAAAAAAAGUGCAUACGAGUUUCAAAAAUAAUUGUUGAAGAAAAUGAUCAAGAAGAAAAUUCACCACUUCUUCAAGAUAAAUUUAGAAUGCAACUUAUUGAUGGCUCAGAAAUAGAGUUUAAUGAAUCAUUAAUUUUGGAACGAGAAUCAGAAAUUCAUACUAUAGAGUCGGGUAUUAUAGAAUUAAAUGAGAUUUUCCGGGAUCUAGGAACUAUUAUAUCAGAGCAGGGAACUAUGAUAGAUAAUAUUGAGAAUAAUAUAAGCACAACUUUAUCUCAAGUAAUUCAUGCUGAUAAUGAACUCAAAAAUGCCAAUAGAUAUCAGAAAAAGACAAGAAACAGAUCAUGUUGCAUAUUAUUUAUUUUAAGCUUUAUAGCUUCUAUAGUCAUUUUAACGAUUAUUUUAGGAUGAUUUAAUCC